AUGAGUCUUCUCAGUUGGAAUGCUCGUGGAUUAGGGAGUUCCCGAGCAUUCCAUAACUUCUCCCUCCUUUGCAAGCAACACCAACCUCAGAUAUUUUUUGUUAUGGAAACUAAACUUGCUGCUCACUCUACUUUUGUUUCUAAAGCUAAGAUUCGUUUCACUUGGAAACAUGGCACAUCCUUAGAACGUUUGGAUUGGGCCAUUGUUAAUCACAAGUGGAACACUCUUUUCCCCACUGCUUCCCUUCACCACCUUUCUUUUUUUGGCUCGGAUCAUAGGGCUAUUAAAGUUGUCUUUGAUGGCAAUCCAAUGAUAUUCAGGGAUAAAAAUAAAUUCAAAGGAGAAAUCAAAAGAAUUCAAUCUGAAAUUGAUAACAUUCUUACUGGCCCUUUUAUUUCCCCCUCUGAUGUUCAAACGGCUAACACACUUCAACAUUCUCUUGACAAUCUCUUGCUUAAAGAAGAAGUUUUUUGGAAGCAAAGGUCGAGGGCCAAUUGGCUUAAAGCGAGUGAUAAAAAUACAAAAUAUUUUCACAGCAGGGCUUCUACUAGAAAACGCAAUAACUUCAUCAAGUCCCUUACUUUAAAUGACAAUUCCAGUGUCUCCAGCCUUCAUGAUAUUACCAACUCUUUUGUUCAGUUUUACUCUAAUCUUUUUACUAUCCGAGGUACGGAUGCUGAUGCCAUUGCCCUGAUCCUUCAAGGGAUUAACAAAACUAUCACCCCUAAUCAUCAUGAUUUCCUGGACAGCCAAUUUGAUUUUGCUGAAGUCAAACGAGCUCUCUUCCAGCUUCCUGGGGACAAAGCUCCUGGACCGGAUGGUUUGAACCCUAGUUUCUAUCAGAAAAAUUGGAACAUCGUUUGCAUUGAUCUCUGUAAUGAUGCCCUUCAUGUUCUUAACACCAAUGCUGACAUUGCCCAGGUCAAUGAGACUAUUCUCGUCCUUAUCCCCAAGGUUAAGAAUGCUUGUCGUAUCAAGGAUUUCUGGCCUAUUAGUCUUUGCUCCACUAUUUAUAAGGUCGUCUCUAAGGCUAUUGCUAAUCGUCUCAAAUCUAUCCUCUGUGAUCUUAUAUCCCAUAAUCAAGGUGCUUUCCUUAGCGAUCGGAUAAUUUUUGAUAACAUCAUUAUCGCUAAUGAAGUCAUCCAUGCUAUCACUAAUCGUAAAACUGGGAAAGUGGGUUGGGCUUCUCUUAAACUUGAUAAGGAAAAGGCUUUUGACAAAGUGGAAUGGGAUUUCAUCCGUUACAUCCUUCAUCACUUUGGUUUUCCUUCCCAUUUCAUUCUUUCAUUCUUCGGUGUCUUUCUUCAGUCUCCUCCUCCCAUAUCCCAUCUUCUGUUUGAUGAUGACAGUCUUCUUUUCACUAGAGUCUCUGAUUCUUCUUGCACUGAAAUCAAAGACAUUCUGCUCAUUUAUCAGAAGGCGGUGUCCCUUAAUGUUUUUCACGCUCCAAAAAAUCAUCCUUCCUUUUUCUCCUUCAAAAAGCCAGUUCCAAAUUAUCUGUGUGGAACCAAAACCUUUUCUCUAAAGCUGUGGGGAUCAAUUGGUAAUAAGCAAAGGAUUCACUGGAUAAGCUGGGACCACUUGUUUAAGUCUAAAUUCUUUGGGGGUUUGGGUUUCUGUAACCUUGUUCAUCACAAUCAGGCCGUGUUAGCUAAGCAAGCCUGGAGAAUUUUUACUUCUCCCAAUUCCUUGGUUGCAUGGCUCUUAAAAGCUAAAUACUUUAACAAAAUUAUUUUCUCAAUGAUGCAAUUGGCCACUCUCCUUCCUUCUGUUGGCAUAGUAUUCUUUGGGGUAGGGAGCUUCUCAUUAAGGGCCUCAUCUGGAAGAUCGGGGAUGGAACUUCUGUUAGAAUCAUUGACCCCAAAUGGCUUCCUGACUGGGAUAGCAUUCCUUUCAAAGCUGGUUUAUCUCCCCCUCUAUCCAUUCAUUCCAAUCAAUCCUUCUAACAGCGAUUGCCUUAUUUGGAAACAUCACCCUUCAGGUUGCUUCACUGUCAAUUCUGCCUACCAUUUGGCAAACUCUCAUUCCUCUGCUCCUAGUUCCUCUAAUCCUGUUGCCCUUAAAUCUUGGUGGACAUCUGUUUGGUCUUCCAAUAUACCCCCUAAAAUUAAGCAUUUUGUUUGGAAAGCUUUUAACCAUCUCCUUCCUUCCAAUCUUAACCUUUUUCAUCAUAAAUCCAUGUUUUCUCCUUCUUGCUCAAUUUGCUCAACUCAUUUAGACUCUAACACUCAUUCCCUAAUUACUUGUUCCAGAGCAGGUAAGUUUUGGAAGAACUAUUCUUUCUCUAACUUUUAUUUUACAAAUAAUAAAUGUGAUAUUAAAGAAUUUUUGCUUCGUGGCUUUGAACAUUUUGACAAGGAUAAUUUCACCCUCUUUCUGGGUUCUGUUUGGGCAAUUUGGAAUAGAAGGAAUAAAGCUAUUUUUACUAAUCACAACUACACUGACUUGGAUGUGGAAGCAUCAGUUUUAAACUACUUGCAGGAGUACAGGGAUGCUCAAUUGAAGAUCAACACUCCAUCCUCCCUCACUCAAUCUAGCAGCACCAAUUUGCAGCCUCCUAGCGGUAUGUUUCAACUUAAUGUGGAUGUGGCUCUUUUCUCCAGCUCCAACAAUCAUGGUUAUGGUGCCAUAGUUACUGAUUCCACAGGGCAAGUCAUUGCUGGUUUUUUGGCAUCUUCUUCCUCAGGCCUCUCCCCAAUUUCGCCGAAGCAGAAGCUCUACAACGUGCUUUGUUUUGGUGUCAGGCAGUUCGUUUUCCUCUCAGCACUAUUGUCUCCGACUGCCAGAAUUUGGUUCUCAGGAUUCAGAAAAAUUCCUUUGACCGUUCGGCUCUUUCAGGAUAUAUUGCAAGUAUUGUUUCCUCUUUGUCAUUUUUUCCAGGUGCCUCAGUCCACUAUCUUCCCAGAACGGAUAACACUCUCGGUCACAAUUUGGCUCGGGCUGCUCUUGGAACAGAUGAAGAGAUUGUUUGGAACAACCUGUGUUCCUCAUCUUGAAGAUCUUUUGUAA